AUGGGUUGUGUAUUGGGUCGACCCGGAUCACCAGGAUCAGUUUCUGGGUCUAGACACGAAGUUAGCAGUACAAGGAUCGAGUCUCAUCGAAACGAAGUAACCAAUGUGUCCGUGAAGAAAACCGAAACUACAGAGAGCACUAGUGAUGUUGUUGCUGCUGUUUCUAAUGGUGAGGAGGUUAGAAACCAUGAAGCUAUUGUGGAUCAAAAGGAAGCAAAUGGCUUUGUUGUGACAGAGGCGAAAGAGAGGAAAUCGAAAAGCGAAAGAAAAAGGUCUAAACCUGACCCGAGACGGAGCAAUCCGCCAAAGAAUUUGCUCGGUGAGCAAGUUGCAGCUGGAUGGCCGCCAUGGUUGUCUGAAGUCUGCGGGGAAGCUCUAAACGGUUGGCUUCCACGAAAAGCGGAUUCUUUUGAGAAGAUUGAUAAGAUUGGAUCAGGAACGUAUAGUAAUGUGUACAAAGCGAAAGAUUCGUUGACAGGAAACAUUGUGGCGUUAAAGAAAGUGCGGUGUGAUGUUAGGGAACCCGAGAGCUUGAGAUUUAUGGCUAGAGAGAUUCUGAUUUUGAGGAGAUUGGAUCAUCCCAAUGUCAUUAAAUUGGAAGGUUUGGUUACUUCAAGGAUGUCAAGUAGUAUAUACUUGGUUUUCCGUUAUAUGCAUCACGACUUAGCUGGUCUUGCCGCAAGCCCGGACAUAAAAUUCUCCGACCAACAGGUUAAAUGCUAUAUGAAGCAACUACUCUCCGGGCUCGAACAUUGCCAUAACCGAGGAGUUCUUCACCGUGAUAUCAAAGGAUCAAACCUUCUUAUAGAUGAUGGAGGAGUGCUUAGAAUAGGCGACUUUGGGCUUGCAACGUUUUUUGAUGCAAGUAAGAGGCAACAAAUGACAAACCGGGUUGUUACUUUAUGGUACAGAGCACCAGAGCUUCUUCACGGUGUUAUUGAGUAUGGUGUUGGUGUUGAUUUAUGGAGCGCUGGUUGCAUUUUAGCUGAGUUAUUAGCUGGUAGACCAAUUAUGCCAGGUCGUAACGAGAUCGAGCAGUUGCAUAGGAUAUAUAAGUUAUGUGGAUCGCCUUCGGAAGAGUAUUGGAGAAAGAUUAGACUUCCUUCUAAUCAUAAGCAUGCUCAUCACAAGCCUUUACCACAGUUUAAAAGAAAACUAAGAGAGGUUUACAAAGAUUUCUCUCCUGAGGCACUUUCUUUACUCGAUACACUUCUAGCGCUUGAUCCGUCUGAGCGCCGGACAGCUACAGAUGCGUUGAUGAGUGAUUUCUUCACGACGGAUCCACUUCCAUGUGAACCUUCUGAUCUACCGAAGUAUCCUCCAACUAAAGAGAUUGAUGCCAAGAAACGAGACGAAGAGUAUCGGAGACAAAGAGAAGCCCGUAAGACUCAAGGAGAGAGCGGAAGAAGAAUGAGACCCCGGGAACGAGUCCCAAGAGCAAUGCCGGCUCCAGAAGCCAACGCAGAGAAUCAAUCAAACAUCGAUAGGAUGCGUUUGAUCACGCACGCGAAUGCUAAGAGCAAGAGCGAGAAGUUUCCUCCACCGCAUCAAGACGGGUCGCUUGGUUUCCCGAUUGGUUCUUCACGGCGACUUGAUCCAUCGGAGAUACCAUUUAGCUCAAACUCAUUCACUUCUUCUUACUCGAAAGAGCCACUUCAGACUUGGUCAGGCCCUUUGGCUCCCAUUGGAGCAUCUGAUUCAACCACACGGAGGAGAGAUAUUAACAAAGAGAGAAGAAUGGCUGCUAAGGUUAAAGGGAAAAGAAUUGUUGUUUGA